UCUGAGUCAGAUGGCUUCACUAUUUCUCUUUUCCAUUCCUCUCCUUUUGGUGUUGUUAGUUCCAAUGAUAAGUGCAGAUCCAGAUGCAUUGCAGGAUUAUUGCGUGGCGGAUACCAAUUCAUCUGCAAUUUUCAUAAAUGGGUUGCCUUGUUUGAGCCCAAGCCAGACAUCUGCAAAGCAUUUUACUACGUCGGCUUUGGGCAAGGCAGCAAAUACAUCAGGCAAUCCAUUUGGGUUUGGAGUAAUUCUUACAACUCCACAGAUUUUGCCGGGCGUCAAUACGCUCGGAGUAUCACUUGUUCGUGCAGAUCUUGAUGUGGGUGGAUUGACGCCUCCUCAUACACACCCGAGAGCCACCGAAAUCGUUUACAUAUUGCAAGGAAAGUUAGUGGUGGGGUUUGUGGAUAGUUCGAACAAUUUGUUCUCUGAGACUGUGAAUGCUGGCGAUGUGUUUGUGUUUCCCCAAGGAACACUUCAUUUCCUUUACAACGUUGGAGGGAGUCAUGCAAGUUUGAUUGCUGCUUUUAACAGUCAAAAUCCUGGUGCCGCUGUUACUCCUUUGGUUACGUUUGCUACCACUCCACCCAUUCCCCCUCAAGUUCUCAGCAAGGCAUUCCAGAUUAGUUUGAAAGAGGUGAAGAAAAUCAGAAAGGGUCUUGGUGGCAAUUAAGAUAUAUCAUGUAUUUUCAUGUAGCUCAUAAUUUAAGAUAUAUCAUUAGU